UUGAAAGAACAAAAGUAUGUAAGACUCGAGACCAACUGAUAUCGAAAUCAGGCAUGAUGUAAAGUACAUAUGAUGCUAUCUGGACAAUAGAAACGUCGUGGGGAAAGCCACACGGACUGGGAGCCACAUCUUGGAACGAAUUGCGGGGGCGCCACAACAGACUUCCAUCCAAUGUUUGUUGACUUUCGUACAACCCAACUUCAGGUCGCGAUAUCAAAUACGCGGAUUGCAUUACCCAGUACGCCGAGCCACGAAUACACGAAAUAAUACACAAAAACAGAACAGCGAAUGCGAAAUACAGCAUACAAGUUGCCAAAAUGUCGACUACACCUCUCGAUCCCGGCAAACGCUCAAAUUCUCGUUCCCGAACGUCACGACCUACCACCCCGCUGCGACCUUCAUCCCGAUCAUCCUUUCGCGAGUCCGCGCGAGGUGCUGGAGAACAUGAUGCGCCAUUUCCGCUGAAUGCAUUUGAGCCAGCCUUCGCUGAGCUUUCCGAUGCCAUGGCCGACCUUGAAGCGAACAUGAUGCACUUUCAGCUUAUGCACGAGAGUUUAGCGAGAUUCAGCGAAUCGUUCGCGAGCUUCCUUUAUGGCCUGAACAUGAAUGCCUUCUGUGUUGAUUUCCCAGAGGGACCUGUUCCAGAAUCUUUCCGCAGAGACAGAACUCAACCAGAACAACCCGCUGUGACCCCAUCAAAAUCAGAGGCUGAUGCAGAAAUGACGUUCAUGACCACUGACACGUCCUUUGUCGAGAAUCCACCUACUACCACCAAGUCUUCCAAAUUCACCACACCAGAGCCUCCAAAACGACAAUCACGUCUCCCUGCUGCUCCCGGUCGAGGAACAUCGUCUCGGGGAAGAUCGACUCGUGGUGUUGGACGUAGCCGGCCUAGUGGACUGGCCAGAGCGCGCGGUCGAGGUGUCAGGUGAAUAUGAUCGGGAUAUCGACAGAAAUAUUCCAAAACGCCAUUUGCAAUGUCAAAAAUCAAGCCCAGCUCCGAUGCGCCCUAGGAUUUUAUAUCCCCCUUUUAGCGUGCUAUGAAGAACUUUAUCGGACAUGAUUUAGGCGUCCAUGGCAACAUCGUUAUCUUGGUCGGCAAAUGUGCGCUUUCGGUCGCCGUUGUCUGUUCGCAAGCCGACGGCAGCUUCGGCCUCCUGUUGAGUGUAUGGUCCUUCGGCGAUCUGCUUGACUCUAGUGGGGAGUUAGAACACAUGUCAGAAUAGACAAAUAUAUACCCAUUGCGAGUCACUAUGUGACAUACCUUCUCUUAUGAGGCUUUCCCUUUUGAUGCGAGACCAGAGUAGCAUCCGUAUCGAACCAUUUGGAGC